AUGCUUCCGCGCUGCCUUCCUCCGAACAACUCAAGUUCGAUCGGCCCCAGUCUCGAACUGGCAGCCACUAUCUCACCGGAGAUACUAUCCACGCUCGUCGCCGGCACGGCGGCGCUCUCCGUCCCGACGGCCACGCCUCGACCGACUGCCGACGUGGGCGUCAUCGGCGCCGGGCCGGCGGGACUCGUGCUCGCCCACGUGCUUCGCGAGCGCGGCCAUUCGGUCCGCAUCUUCGAGCGACGCGACUCGUUCCGCCCGGUGGGUGCUGCGGUGUUCAUGCACCCGUUCGCGCUCAACUCGCUCCGCGCCGUCUCGCCCACGCUCGAGAAGCAGCUGCUCGACGUCUGCACGACCAUCCACACACUCUCGUUCACCACUCUCGCUGAGGACGCGCCGAGCUUCCGGCUCGACACGCUCGGCGACGCGAAGCGCGUGCUCGGCGCGCCGUUCGUGGCGGUGCGCUUCUGGGACAUGCUGCGUGCGUUGCGGGUCGGCCUGCCGGACGAGCUCUUCUGCUUUGGCCACCAGCUCGAGCGGUACGAGCAGCACGGCGACGCGGAUGGUGUGACGCUCUACUUUGCCGACGCCGCGCAGCCGCCGCGCACGGUGCGCUACCUGAUUGACGCGGGCGGCAUCCGCUCGGCGACGCGUGCGCAGCUCCUCGGCGACGAGCGCAUCCCGCGGCUGCGCGCGACCUUCUCGGUGCUUCCCGCCGAGCGCGUCGCGGCGGCGCACGAGGCGGUCGGCGGCGCGUCGACGCCGGGCGAGCUGGGCUUCGUGGCGGGCGACAACCUCUCGGUGGUGACGAUGGGUCUCUCCGACGGUGGCGUGAUGUGGAGCCAGACCGACCUCGCCGCCGACCCGACGGCGCAACUCUACCACGACGGCAGCGACGCCGAGCUGCGCGCCGACCUCGGGGCCAAGUACGCAAAGAGCAACGGCUGGCCGAGCGGCGUGCGCGCGCUCGUCGAGGCGACGACGCCCGCCGACGUCAUCGAGAGCACCGUCGCCGAGCUACCCGUGGCGUGGCGGUGGGGCGACGGCCACGUGACGCUGUUGGGCGACGCGGCGCACGCGCAGCUGCCCGCGCUCGGCUUGGGCGUCUCGACGGCGUUUGGCGACGUCGAGGAGCUCGUGGCGCAGCUCGACCGCCACGGCCUCUCGCAGAAGGCGCUCCGCUGGUACGAGCGCUGCCGGAUGCCCACGUGCGCCGCGCUACAGCUCAUGAGCCGCUCGAUGUACGGGCUGAACAAGAUAUCGGCGAAUACACACUAA